GGGAACGCCGGGAAUUCGCACGCACGGCCCCGAGGAGGAGCCCAGCUGGGGAAACCCUCCCCGCCCCGAGUGUCCUACAUCUUCCAGAGGGGGGAACAGCAGCGCCGCUGGAUUUACGCGGAUUUAUUUGAUUUAUUUGAUUUUUUUUUUUUGUUCCCCCUCUCUUCCCACGCAGCAAUUCUCUCUCCCGGCGCCGCUCGCAGCCCGGCGGGGAGUGGGAGGAAGGGGAUGCUCGGAGGAUUUGGGAAAAUCCGGAGCAUUUCCAGCCAUGCUCCAGCGGAGCUGCUCGGUCUCUGCGUGAGCUGCUGAGGCGGCUCCGGAGCCGCAGGAUUGAUGGAGAGGCGCUGAAAGCACCAACCCCUUCCCGGCGGCCACCAUGGAGCCGCCCAGCACCAAAGACUUCCAGUGGAAGUCUCUGGCGCCGCUGCCCAGCCGCAGGGUUUACUCCACGCUGGUGGAGGCGGGCGGGCAGGUGUUCGCCGUGGGCGGCUGCGAUGACAACGGCGUCGCCGUGGACUCCUUCGAGGUCUACUCGCCCGAGGCCGACCAGUGGGCAGCGCUGCCCGCCAUGCCCACGGCCAGGGCCGGCGUGGCCGUCACUGUGCUGGGCAAGAGGAUCAUGGUGAUCGGCGGCGUGGGCGCCAACCAGCUGCCGCUGAAGGUGGUGGAGAUGUACAACACGGACGAGGGGCGCUGGAGGAAGCGCAGCUCACUCCGUGAGGCGGCCAUGGGCAUCUCGGUGGCGGCCAAAGACUACAGGGUGUACGCAGCGGGCGGGAUGGGCUCGGACCUGCGGCCCCACAACUUCCUGCAGCACUAUGACGUGCUCAAGGACAUCUGGGUGUCCCUGGCUGCCAUGCCCACCCCCCGCUACGCGGCCACGUCCAUCCUGAGGGGCACCAAGAUCUACGUGCUGGGUAAGGAGCAGCCCUGCCUCCUCCUCUCUUCCUUCUCCUUCCUUCUCCAUCCUUUCUCCUUCUUCUUCUUUCCCAACAUCCCCACCAAAAGAGCCUUCUCCCUCCUUUCCCAUUCCGACUCUCCACUCCAAUUCCCUGGGGGUUGGGUCCAGGGCUGGGUUUACCGCCAGCCCAAGUUGGUGGGUGAUCCCACAACCACAGCGUGUCCUGUCCCUCCAGGUGGGUGGAUGAAGAUGGAGCGCUCCUGCUACCUGAAGAAAAGGCGAGCAGACUUCGUGGCCGGCUACCUGCGAGGCAGAGUUGUGGUGGCUGGGGGCCUGGGGAAUCAGCCGACCGUGCUGGAGUCAGCAGAGGCUUUCCACCCCGAGAAGAACAAGUGGGAGAGCCUCCCCCCCAUGCCCACCCCGCGCUGCGCCUGCUCCAGCAUCGUGCUGAGGGACUGCCUGCUGGCCGUGGGGGGCGUCAGCCAGGGGCUCAGCACGGCCGUGGAGGCCCUGUGCCUCUCUGACUCCUGAUUGGAACAUAUCUGAACGAGAAUCCCACCUGGAACAGGGUCCUGUGCCUCUCUGACUCCUGAUUGGAACCCAUCUGAGUGGGGAUCCCACCUGGAACAGGGCCCUGUGCCUCUCUGACUCCUGAUUGGAACCCAUCUGAGUGGGGAUCCCACCUGGAACAGGGCCCUGUGCCUCUCUGACUCCUGAUUGGAACC